GAAAACGUUAUUUCCAAUGUCAUUAAUGCCCAACCGAAAACAACACACUGACCCCAUUGCCAUUAUUCUUAAGUUCAGUCCAGAUCGCGAUCGGAGACACUUGAUCUUGCAAUGAAGUAGAAUUCUUUGCUUGAACUUUGGUUUUCGAAGUGAAUUGUUUUGUGAGGAGAUUCUUGAAAGGGGAGGGUCUGUGAUUCCAUAGCAUAGAACAAAUGGGGGUUAUGUCGAGGAGGGUUGUGCCUGUUUGUGGCAACCUCUGUUGCAUUUGUCCUGCUAUGCGGGCAAGCUCAAGACAACCGGUGAAACGUUACAAGAAUUUGCUAGCUGAUAUUUUCCCACGUAAUCAGGAGGCUGAACCUAAUGAUAGAAAAAUUGGAAAGCUAUGUGAUUAUGCUUCUAAGAAUCCUUUGAGAAUUCCCAAGAUUACUGAUUACUUAGAGCAAAUAUGUUACAAGGAUCUUCGAAAUGAAGUCUUUGGUUCAGUGAAAGUUGUCUUGUGCAUAUACAGGAAAUUCUUAUCGUCAUGUAAGGAGCAGAUGCCACUUUUUGCCGGUAGUUUAUUAAAGAUCGUCCGGACUCUUCUAGAACAAACUCGAACGGAUGAAAUCAGGAUCAUAGGCUGCAACACUCUUUUUGAUUUUAUAGAUUGCCAGACAGAUGGUACAUACAUGUUCAACUUAGAGGGUUUUAUUCCUAAACUAUGUCAAUUGGCUCAAGAAGUGGGGGAAGAUGAACGAGCUCUGCGUCUACGUUCAGCUGGACUAGAAGCUCUAUCCUAUAUGGUGCGUUUCAUGGGUGAGCACUCACAUCUUUCCAUGGAUUUGGAUGAAAUUAUAACAGUGACUUUGGAAAAUUACACAAGUCUCCAAUCUAACUCCAACCAGACCAAGGAAGAUAAACUAAAUUCAGAGUCCCUGGACCAGUUGGUACAGGGAUUUCCUAAAGAAGAGGAUUGUUCUUUACCAGGCAUCACUAAGAAGGAUCCUUUGUUGCUUAAAGUCGUGGCAGGAACUGAGAUGAACCCUAUGUUGGAUACUGCUAGAGAUCCUACAUAUUGGUCAAAGGUUUGCUUGUAUAAUAUGGUCAAAUUGGCAAGGGAAGCUACAACUCUGCGGCGUGUCCUUGAGCCUCUUUUUCAUAAUUUUGAUUCUGAAAAUCAAUGGUCUUCUGAAAAAGGAGUUGCUGCUCGUGUUUUGAUGUAUUUACAAUCUCUUUUAGCAGAAUCAGGAGACAACUCCCAUCUUCUGUUGUCCAUUUUGGUCAAGCACUUGGAUCAUAAGAAUGUUGCCAAGCGACCUAUCCUUCAGAAUAAUAUUAUUAACACCACAACACAACUUGCCCAAAAUGUGAAGCAACAGGCUUCAGUUGCAAUAAUUGGUGCAAUAUCUGACCUCAUUAAACAUUUAAGGAAGUGCCUGCAAAAUUCAGCUGAAGCUUCCAGCACUGGAAAUGAUGGGUAUAAGUUGAAUACUGAGCUUCAAUCUGCCUUAGAAAUGUGUAUAUUACAACUUUCAAGCAAGGUUGGGGAUGUAGGGCCCAUUCUUGAUUUGAUGGCUACGGUGUUAGAAAACAUCUCGACUACAACCAUCAUAGCAAGAACAACAAUCUCUGCUGUUUAUCAAACUGCAAAAUUAAUCACGUCCAUCCCUAAUGUAUCAUAUGACAAGAAGGCUUUCCCUGAUGCUUUGUUUCAUCAAUUGCUCCUGGCAAUGGCCCAUCCUGACCAUGAGACACGAAUUGGGGCACAUAGUGUCUUCUCCAUAGUGCUUAUGCCAUCUCUAUUUACUCCGCAGUUAGACCAGAAAAUUAAGAUGGCUCCGAAGGUACCAAGCGAAAGCUUCUACCUUCGGCGUGAAAGCUUUAUAGGAGUAGAACACCUCAAUUGGAAACCUGUGGAAGGAAAGGCAGAAGUUGGUGUAAGUGGGAAAUAUGCAUUUCAUCUAUAUCAUGGUUACAGAUUUUUUGGAGUUCUAACCGAUGGAAAAGAUGAGCUAAGUUGUUUUCGGUUAAGCAGUCACCAAGUGAGUCUAUUGCUUUCUUCAAUUUGGGUUCAGGCAACAUCUGUGGAAAGUGGCCCUGCAAAUUUUGAGGCAAUGGCUCACACUUAUAGCAUUGCAUUAUUGUUCACUCGUUCUAAGACAUCCAGUUACAUGGCUUUAGUAAGAUGUUUCCAACUGGCAUUCUCCCUCAUGAGCAUCUCUUUGGACCCACAAGGAGGUUUACAACCAUCUCGCAGGAGGUCGCUUUUUACCUUGGCAUCAUACAUGCUUAUAUUCUCUGCCAGGGCAGGCAACUUCCCUGAGCUAAUUCCAAAAGUCAAAGCAUCCCUGACAGAGAUAACUGUAGAUCCUUUUCUUGAAUUGGCUGACGAUGUCAGGAUGCAGACUGUUUAUUCAAAAUCAGAGAAGAUUAUUUAUGGAUCUCAGGAAGAUGAUGUUGCUGCUAUGAAGUCACUUUCAGCAGUAGAAUUAGAUGACAAGCAGUUGAAAGAGAUUGUAAUAUCAUACUUCCUGACUAAAUUUUCAAAAUUAUCAGAGGAUGAGUUGUCGAGAAUAAAGAAACAACUUGUACAGGGGUUUUCCCUUGAUGAUGCAUAUCCCUUGGGACCUCCACUGUUUAUGGAGACACCAAGGCCAUGUUCUCCACUUGCACAGAUUGAGUUCCCAGAUUUUAACGAGAUUAUGACUCCAGUAUCUUUGUUGGAUGAAGAGACCCGGACUGAACGAAGUGGAAGUCAGUCAGAUCGCAAAUCAUCACUAUCUAUCAAUAACCUGGACAUUCUAAGUGUUAAUCAACUCUUAGAAUCGGUUUUGGAAACCGCACAGCAAGUGGCAAGUUUCCCCAUUUCCUCAACUCCAGUUCCUUAUGACCAAAUGAAGAACCAGUGUGAGGCACUUGUAACAGGGAAACAACAGAAGAUGUCAAUUCUUCACAGUUUCAAGCAUCAGCAGGAGACUAGGGCAAUAGUUCUUUCAAGUGGAAAUGAAAUAAAAGUACCCCGUCCACCAAUUAAGACACUGGACUAUUCAAAAGUUGAUCUGAAGUUAGUGACUCAGGAGCAAUAUCAUGCGCUGUAUCAAGUUCGCCUCUGUUCAUAUGACUCUGGACAGCAACAUUCAUUGAGACUACCACCUGCGAGCCCCUAUGAUAAAUUCUUGAAAGCUGCUGGAUGCUAAUGGAACUAGAUUGCUAAUAUAUGUGUAACUAUUUAUAUAGAAAUAAACCCCCACCUCCCCUAUUUUUUAGUUUUUGUUUUGUUUUGUUGGUUGUCUCUUCCCCAAUCACUUGGCCAUUUUUUUAUUCGUUAUGUUAAUGGUAAACUAGUUGUUUCUUUAUAUGCUUUCUACCCUUCAUGCCCAAAGUGAGUAAA